AUGGGCGCGCCCUGCUUCACGAUGGUCGACAAUGCGCUGAAGCUCAAGGCGAACAGCAUCAAGUUUGUGCCGACGGUGCACUACUGGGGCAACGCCCAGAGCAUCCAGCGGUUCUGCUACAGGGACCAGGACUACAGCUGCCAGGACAUCAGCCCUCAGAACAUUGCAAAGUACAAAGAUCUGCUGACCAAGUGUGUGAAGUACGCUGUCAGCAAAGGCCUGGACAUUGCUAUCCUGGCCCAUCUUGACAAUAUGAGGGAGUACACCUGGCGCAACAUCCUGCAGUUCAGCCCCAAGGCCAGCUAUGGGGGCUACAGCUACAAGGACGUCGUGCUCAAGCCCAUGGCGGACGCGGUCAACGCGGCGGUCAAGCCCAGCACAAAGGUCAUCUUCACGCUCAACGGGGAGACCGGCAAGUCCGUCAGCCAGUACAGCAAGCAGUGGCUCGAGCUCGUGCCGGAGGUCCGCAGCUGGCUGAUGGCAGGGGGUCGCCUGCCGCGGCCAAACGCGAACAUUGCCGUUUCCCUAAACUACAACAAGCUCUACGGCUGGAUCGACUUCGACUCCAUCAGCCCUGAGUACAUCUCAAAAAACUUUGACCGGGAGUGGAAGGAGCAGGUGAAGAAAUACCCAAUGGACCUGCCCAACAUGAAGCGCCUAUACGAGGCGAUCGAUGUCCUCGGAGUCAGCGCCUACCCCCCGCUGACUCCGACCUUUAAGUACGUGGACCUGCCCAUCGCCCUGCAGUACCAUUCACAGGAGCUGUCUUACGCGGGCAUCAACCUGAAGCAGCUGCUUAACAGCGGCAAGAAGCUGGUCAUCAGCGAGUGGGGCGUGGGCGGCGGCACCCAGGACGGCAACUCGAUUGCGAAGUCGCUUGCUGAUGUGGCUGGGUUCCCUUUCUUCGGCCUCUGGUACCCGUACGCCGACAACAAGAACCCCUGGAAGAUCCCCGACUACGCGGGUUACAGGCGCUACCUUUACCGCAUGACCUCGUACUGGCUGGCCAACGGCGGCGGCCCGCAGUUCCCAGUCGCGCGCAUCUACGUCUGGACUGCCGGCUCCUGGGACGCCUUGGGGGUGCACUACAAGAGCAGCGACGGCAGCGGCAGCUGGGCAGACCCCUCCAUCAUCGCCAUGGUGGCGCAGCACAACUCCAAGGUCUGA